AUGAGGCUUCCCGGUACAUCUUCGGGCAUUUUAUCUCAUGUCCCCUUGCUCCAAUUUCUUUUUGCAUCGAUUGUCAUAGGAUACGACCCUAAUCAAAUCGAUUCAUCUGCAAAGAAUGCUGGCCCAUUGACCACUAUCUACACACCUCCAGCAUCAUGCGCUACACCGCGCACAGUUGCGAAUUACGGCUACCCGUCACUGCUUCAAGGGUGCGAAGGUCCAUACGGAGGCGAAUGCUGCCCCGAAGGCUGGCGAUACGACGCCUACUUUAGUCCCGGUAGAUGCCCACACGCAUUCAAGACGUGCACGUUGUCUACUACCGCGCAGCGCAUGGAAACGACUGCGUAUUGUUGUCCCGAUGGAUUUACUUGUGGAGGCCAAGGCUACUGUAAGAUAUCGUUCAAUACUGUGUCGACAAUGACCUAUGUCGAUGCAACGCUGUCGACUCAGAAAGCUAUUUAUGGGAUCACGGCUUCGCCUAUUCAAAUUCGCUUCAAGGCUGCUGAGUCUACCAUCGUGCCUGUGCCUACGGAUUCUCUGGACCUUCCGAGGCACUUCUUGUAUAGGAAUGAGAAGAUUGGGGUUGGCAUUGGUGUUCCAGCGGGUGUUGCGCUAUUGACUCUGAUUGCUUUCUUUGGCCUGAGAUGGCGGAAAGCGCGGCGCCUUAGGCGCGAGCCAGGGGCUCAAGAUACUUCACCGGAUGAUCUUCCGCCACCUUAUGCUGGGGACGAGAAUGAUUCAAUGUCGAGGAUGGAGAGGCUUAGGGGCUCUACCAAAAGAUCUCCCUAA